CACUACUCAUCUCAAUAAUCAAACACUUCACAUUAAAAAUAUAAUCACACCAUCCCUCCGUCCGUCCAUCCAUCCAUCACCUGUUUGUUUUUUGCAUUGUAUCAUUGACGGUGCUUCGUAGUUCAAGUUGUAGUGACAUCAAGUUGUUUACUUGAUGGCGCAUAUUAAUAUUAAUGACAGUCGUUACGCUGGAGGGACUGCAUCAGGUUCCGUGGGCGAUGCCCUGUACAAAGAGCUGUGGCAUGCAUGUGCUGGGCCGCUUGUUACUGUUCCCCGUGAAGGAGAAAGAGUAUAUUAUUUUCCACAAGGACACAUGGAACAGCUUGAGGCCUCCAUGCACCAGGGAUUAGAUCAGCAGCUCCCAUCAUUUAAUUUGCCAGCCAAAAUAUUAUGCAAAGUGAUGAAUGUUCAGCUUCGGGCUGAACAAGACACAGACGAGGUUUAUGCUCAAAUAACUCUGCUGCCUGAGCGAGAUCAAACUGAGGUUACAAGCCCAGAUCCUCCGCUCCCUGAACCUCCUAGUUGCACUGUUCACUCGUUCUGCAAGACCCUUACCGCAUCUGACACAAGCACACAUGGUGGAUUCUCUGUUCUUCGUAGGCAUGCGGAUGACUGUCUACCUCCGCUAGAUAUGUCUCAACAGCCACCGUGGCAAGAACUGGUUGCUAGUGAUUUUCAUGGCAAUGAAUGGCAUUUUCGUCAUAUAUUCCGAGGGCAACCUCGGCGUCACUUGCUAACUACUGGGUGGAGUGUCUUUGUAAGUGCAAAAAAGUUGGUAGCGGGUGAUGCGUUUAUAUUCUUAAGGGGGGAAAAUGGACAGCUACGUGUUGGAGUAAGAAGGCUGAUGAGACUUUUGAACAAUAUGCCAUCGUCUGUUAUAUCAAGUCAUAGUAUGCAUCUUGGUGUGCUUGCUACCGCCUCCCAUGCGAUUGCAACUGGAACCCUUUUCUCAGUCUUUUAUAAACCAAGAACCAGUCGAUCUGAAUUCAUUGUCAGCCUUAACAAGUAUCUUGAAGCUCGAAAUCAUAAGCUAUCAGUUGGAAUGAGAUUUAAGAUGAGAUUUGAGGGUGAAGAGGUUCCUGAAAGAAGGUUUAGUGGGACCAUCGUUGGUGUUGGAGAUACUGCAUCAUCAAAAUGGCUGGAUUCUGAAUGGAGAUCCCUGAAGGUUCAAUGGGAUGAACCGUCAUCAAUAUUACGCCCGGAUAGAGUUUCAGCAUGGGAACUUGAACCACUUGUAGCAUCUAGUUUAUCAAACACACAACCUCAACAGAGGAGUAAGCGGGUUCGACCUUCUGUUAUACCUUCUUCUGGAUCUGAUCUUUCUGCCCUGGGAAUGUGGAAAUCACCAGCAGAUCAUCCCUCAGCUUUCCAGUAUUGUGACCCACAACAUGGACGUGAUAUCUACCCGUCAAAUAAUGGCUCUUCUUCUGUCAAGGGUAUCUCUCUUAGCUACAGUGAGAAUGGUACUUUGCCUCCUGCUUCCACCACGCCUAUCCACUGGUCCAACUUAAGGGAAACAGUAACAGAGUCAUUUGAACCCCUUGCUGAUAGAGAACGUGGUGAAAGAAGACAGGCUAAUGGCUACAGGCUAUUUGGAAUCGAGUUACUUGAACACUCAACUGUGGAUGAAUCCUCACCAGUGGCUGAUGAAAGACCAAUCUUCUCUCUUGAUGCUGAAUCCGAUUGGCGUUCUGAACCAUCAAAUGUCAACCGUUCUGAUCUUCCUUCUGCAAGUUGUGACCCUGAAAAGUCCAGCAUGAGAUCUCCGGAGUUGCAUACUAGGCAAAUUCGUAGCUGCACCAAAGUUCAUAUGCAAGGGAUGGCUGUUGGUAGGGCUGUUGAUCUAACACAGUUUAGUUGUUACGAGGAUUUACUGGAGAAACUGGAGAAUAUGUUUGAAAUUGAAGGUGAACUUCGUGUGGUACCAAAGAAAUGGCAAGUCGUAUACACGGAUGUUGAAGAUGACAUUAUGAUGGUCGGGGAUGAUCCAUGGAAUGAGUUCUGCAGCAUGGUGCGAAAGAUUUUCAUAUAUACUACUGAGGAAGUUAAGAGGCUUAUCCCGAAGAUAAAACUUUUGGAACAUGAUGAAAUAAUACAAACGAAGCCGGUCAUAAAUGCUCAGGAAAGCACGGAAGAGCAGUCCUCGUCGAGUGAGGCCCCUCGUUAAACAAUUCAAGGUUACCCAAAUUGUUGGUACUUUUGGAAAGUAAAAAAAAAAAAAAAACAUUUUCAUAUUUUGGGACUGAAUGGCAGCUCAAAAGUCUGCUAGCUACGACUGGGCCUGCUUAUAAGGGUUUGAUCUUAUUAUUUUCUCAUCAGUCGUAUUGUCAUUGUUUGGAUUAAGGGUAUGUAUUCCUCUGCUUGUUUUGCGCUUCAAACGCGGGUUACGGGUACAAGCCGUUUGUUUCCUCCGAAGAGAGAUGGAGAGAGUAGUAGCUAGUUUCUAACGUUUUCUGUCCUUGUUAUUGACAAAUAUAAAAUACAUGUGGUUUUUGUAUAUAAAGUAUGGGGCCAUAAAGUAUAUGUGUUGCCCAGGAUGUCUCUUUCUAAUUGUUUAGUGUUAACCAAGUACUUAACGCAUGAAAUUUCUAUA